UGCACACCGAGCACGGAGAAAUGCUGCUCGACCUGAGGGACAACUGCAGGGCUCAGGGCCCCCUGACGGCGCUCACCUCGAUGACCGAGAGCAAGACGCCGCCGCCGGGCAACUCGGCCAGCUCGAGUCCCCGCUUGCCGGCCACGCCGCACGGCAUCGAGCACAUCCUCAACAAACCCUCGGCCCUGCAGACCACCCACAACCCCCAACCGCCCCUCAACCAGAGGCUCGCCGCCGCUGUUGCGGCUGCAAACAUGUAUUUCAAUCCUGCCAUGCAUCAGCAACUGGGUCGGACAAAUCCCGCCCUUUACUGGCCCGGACUGCAGGGUCUGGUUGCCAAUCCUCUGGCCUGGAGAGACAGACUUGGCGCUCACAUGUGGAAUUCGCAGCAGAACGGCGGCCAUCAGCAGCAGCAGCACCAGCAGUCGCACACCGGGGGCUCGUCGCACCCCGACAAGGACCCCAAGAAGAAGCACACGCGGCCCACGUUCAGCGGCCAGCAGAUCUUCGCCCUGGAGAAAACCUUUGAGCAGACCAAGUACCUCGCCGGCCCCGAAAGAGCGAAACUCGCCUUCGCCCUCGGCAUGUCCGAGUCACAAGUCAAAGUGUGGUUCCAAAACAGGCGCACAAAGUGGAGGAAGAGACACGCAGCCGAGAUGGCCACGGCCAAGCGGCGACAAGAGGCGGCCGAGGAUGAAGUCGAGGAAGACCUCGAAUGAUACAAACAGUUCUACAAAGUGAGUUCUCGCAAAUGAGCGCAGAAGAGAAACAUACAAAAACAAACUUCGCGCCAGUCUCGCUGUUUGAAAAAGGACAAUUCAUCGUUAAAUGUGCAAAUUACGAAUUUGUAUAAAAAUGAUAAAUGGAUGUUAUUCUCUUCGGAUAAAAAACUAAUUUAUUAAAUUGCGGAAGAGGAAGACAAAAGAAGUCAGCAACUCUCUGCGUUGCACUCCAAACUGUUUAUUUAUAAUCGUCAUUGUGAUUGUGUAAAAAGUUUCAACGCCACAGCACAUAUAGGAGGGGCGGAUUUCAUUGGCGACUCUCAUCGUUCCAGUCAGCCAGCAUGAUUAAUUGAUUAUUUAUUGUUGGAAUGUUGUUAUUAAUUUGGAGCCGCCAGCUGCUGCACGCGCGAUGUAAAUUUUGAUUGCGGAUGGGAUUUGAGCAGUGGCGAAAUUUGCGAGUCGGUGUACCAAAGAUGUGUAAAUGUCAAUACGAAAAUAAAAAUAUAUUAAUUUAUCUCUCG